GACUGCUUUUAUGCUUCCGUCGUUGAAGCUGAGAAUCCAGCCUUGAAGGAGAAACCUCUAGCCGUACAGCAAAAGCAAAUCAUUAAGACGCGCAGNGUCACUUGCAAUUACGAAGCCCGGCGGAGGGGCUUGCGCAAACUACAACUCAUCAAGGAUGCCAAAGAAAUAUGUCCUGAUGUAAUCAUCGUACUCGGCGAAGAUAUCAGUCGUUUCCGAGAUGCCAGCAAGAUGCUGUAUCAGUUCCUUCAGAGCUUUUCCUGGAAUGACAGAGCAGAGAGAUUAGGAUUUGAUGAGGUAAACACUUUGUCGGCGUGGCUAUAG